AUGUCGUGUUGUAAGAGCAAAGGCCCGGGCUACGCGUCGCCUUUGGACGCCUUCAAGAAUGGCCCUCGGGAGGAGUUACUUUACGUAAUCUGUGUCCAGCCGGAUAACACUAAGCAAGACUAUUUAGCUACUGUAGACGUGAACCCUAAAUCUUCAACUUAUAGUCAGGUGAUCCACCGAACUUAUACUGGCAGCGUUGGAGACGAGCUCCAUCACAGUGGUUGGAAUGUCUGCUCUAGUUGCCACGAUGACCCUACCUUGAAGAGAAACCUCCUCAUACUGCCCGCUUUGAAGUCUGCCAAAGUUUUCGUCGUCGAUGUCGGUACUGACCCCCGUAAACCAAAAAUGCAUAAAGUAAUCGACGGCUCCGAGAUGAGGUCAUUCAACUGCAGUUUCCCGCACACGACGCACUGCCUGGCAACCGGUGAAAUCAUGAUUUCGACGAUGGGUGAUAAAGAUGAAAACGGCAAAGGGGAUUUUGUGCUCAUCGAUUCGCAAACUUUGAAAGUGACAGGAACUUGGACAAAGGGCAAAAACACCGCGAAUUUCGGUUACGAUUUUUGGUACCAACCAUACUAUGAUGUUAUGUUUGCUACAGAGUGGGGCGCACCUAAAAGAUUUAAGACUGGAUUUCACGCAGAAGACAUACAUGACAAAUCUCUCUACGGCUCAUCGUUGAAUAUUUAUAAGUGGUCCACACACGAGUUACAGCAAGUCAUAGAUUUAGGCCCCGAAGGCUGUGCACCUCUAGAGAUCAGAUUUCUCCAUGAUCCCAAAUCCGAGCAGGGAUUUGUCGGGUGCGCGGUGAACACCAACGUUUACAGAUUUUACAAAACAUCAGACGGAAGGUGGAAAGCUGAUAAAGUCAUCGACAUCCCAGCAAAAAAAAUUUCUAAAGAUGGCGUUGUGUCCGAGAUCAACGGCUUAAUGAGCGAUAUACUCAUUUCUUUGGACGACAAGUAUCUAUAUGUUUCCUGUUGGAUGUUUGGAGAAGUCAGACAAUACGAUAUUAGUGAUCCCGAACAUCCAAAGCUGAUUGAACGCGUCCAACUGGGUGGUGUAAUCGCCUCAGACCCCAAUAUUAAAGUCGUAGAGGACAAGGAAUUACAGGAAAGCCCUAAACCUGUAACGGUGAAAGGCAAGACUCUUCAAGGAGCAUCUCAGAUGUUGCAACUUUCUUUAGACGGAAAACGUCUCUACGUAUCGUCAUCUCUUUUCUCUCCAUGGGACAAACAAUUCUAUCCAAAGAUGGUUAAAGAGGGUGGGUGGAUAGUGAAGAUCGACGUGGACACUGUGAAUGGAGGCAUGAAGUUGGAUCCGGACUUCCUCAUAGACUUCGGUCAGGAACCGGAUGGCCCGGUGCUGCCACAUGAAAUGAGAUAUCCCGGCGGAGACUGUACUUCCGAUAUCUGGUUGGCGGAUGAUUAA